UCCUUUUGACAAAACGGAGAGGAAAAAGACGCGUCUCUUUUGUCUCUCCAUUUCGGCUCUGUGCAGAGUACAGACUGGCAUCGAUUGGCCGAGGUUCACCUGAGUUUUUUUCCCCCCUCAUUCACGGACAUUCAUUCAAAGCACCUCUCCACUGUCUCCAGCAGCAUUUAAACUAACGAGUUUUGCUAAGAAACACCGCGCAAGCUUCUGCGCGUCUGGACCGCAGAUCUGGAGAUGAAGACAGACUUUACGCUUUUCUGUCGGACUUUGAUUGGAAUAGCAUAUGCUUCAGGUCUGGUGAUUGGCUUUUCUAUGACUCCACCCAUCCUUGACAGAGCCAAAGACGACCUAGUAAUUCCAGUUCACGAAACACUCACCAUUACAUGCAGGGGACAGCACACUCUUACCUGGGCCUGGCCUGAUCGGACUCUGGUGGAACAGGUGCUAACCGACCGUCAGGCCCAGCUGCCGACCACUGGGACACCCGGGCAGAGGGUCGCCUUAACCAGCGAGUGCCCGGGGCAGCCUGGGAGGCCAUACUGCAAGAGGCUAGUCCUCCACAGAGCACAGGUCAAAGACACGGGCUACUAUCGCUGCUAUUACAAGGAUGUCAAGGCCAUCAUUGUCGGCACCACUGCCGUCAGCAUUUAUGUCUUUGUCAGGGACCCCGAGAAGCCCUUCCUCAGAGGAGACGAAAAUGACCUGGAGACCAUUUUAGUCACUCGCUUCACCACCCACAUCACAGUGCCAUGCCUGGUCACGGUGCCUGAUCUGAAUGUCACUCUCCAUGCGUAUCCCACACCUCUGGAGAAGAGUGGGAUGACAUGGGACAACAAGCGAGGCUGGUCCAUUCCCAGACACAUUGUGGACAGUGUGCCGAUGCUCAUCGGAGUUACGUGUGUCGCCACACUAGGAGGCAAAGAGUAUCAGUCUCCCAGCUACCUGAUCCACCCAACAGGAAGUCAGGUUUACGAUGUCAAGCUGUUUCCUGAAGACCCAGUUGAGCUGAUAGUCGGGGAGGCCCUCACCCUGAACUGCACAGCGUUGGUGGAGUUCAACGCUGGGGUGGACAUUCGAUGGUCUUACCCUCGCAAACAGCCAAACAGUUGGGAGGACACUAAGCCCCAUCGUGAAGCUCUGUCUCACGCCACAGAGGCUGUUAGCAUCCUGACCAUCCACAGCGUCAAUGUCACGGACACUGGCGUGUACAGCUGCAAUGUCACCAGCAUGGACACAACACAAACCCAGCAAACUCAGGUCAUAGUUUAUGAGAAGCCAUUCAUCAGCCUCAACUACAGAAAUGGACCUGUGGUGGAGGUAACCGCCGGCCAGAAGUCGUUCAAAUUACAAGUAAAUGUGUCUGCCUUCCCCACACCUGAAACACAAUGGUAUAAAGAUGGAAAGCUGAUAAACCAGCGCCCAGAGUUCAAGAUGAAAAGGAUGAGGAUGCACCUUAAACACGCUUUGGAGAUUAAGGAUGUUUGUCAGGAGGAUUCUGGGCUCUACACAGUGGUGCUGAAGAACAGCGCAGCUGCGCUCGAGAGAAGGCUCAACAUCACUCUUGUUGUCAACGUUUCCCCACAGAUCCAUGAGAAAGAAGUUGCAGAUCCAUCCAGUCCCUAUCCUAGUGGAAGCAGCCAGACUCUAACAUGCACCGCCUAUGGUCUCCCCGCUCCCAAAGUCAGCUGGCAGUGGAGGGCCUGGGGCCCGUGUGUCCUCAACAGCACCAGGAGCAGACUGGUCCGACGAGACAGGAAGGGCCGGAGUGACAGGAUCGCAGACUGUCAGAACUGGCAGGACAUUAACUUAGAAAACACCCUGAAUGAAAUCGAGGCUAUUGAAACGUCUGUCGAAGUGGUGGAUGGACGGCAAAAGACAGUGAGCAGGCUUCAUAUUGGCAACGCCAGUGUUUCUGUCAUGUACAAGUGUGUGGCUGAGAACAAAGUCGGCAAAGAUGAGCGGCUAAUCUACUUCUAUGUAACCACCAUCCCUGAGGGGUUCAGUGUGGACAUUCAGCCCUCAGAGAAUCUUCUGAAGCAGGAGAGAGUUUCCCUUAGCUGCAGCGCUGACAAUUACACCUAUGAGCAGCUGCAGUGGUACCGCCUCAACCCCCAGGCACCGGAGCUGGACUGCAGGAGCGUGCACCUCUACGCCGACAGCCUUGACGGCCAGCUCUCCUUCCAGGAGCCUUCCAACAGCUGGGUCCUGGACUUCACCAUCCCCUUCGUGCAGCUGGAGGAUGAGGGUUGUUAUGUGUGUGUGGCUCAGAACAGACGGAGUGGGGAGAAACAGUGCCUGUUAAGAAACAUCUCUAUAAAAGCCCCAGAGGCGCCCCGAUAUAAACUCAGCCUCACCAACCAGACAGUAAAUGUGACCGAGUCCCUGCGGAUGGAGUGCGACGCAGAGGGCAGGCCUACACCCCGCCUCUCCUGGUUCAAAGACAACCAACCUCUCCACCAGAUGUCAGGGAUCCAGCUGCAGGACUCAAACCGCACACUGAGUAUCCAGCGGGUUACAGAGGAGGACGCUGGGCUUUACACCUGCACCGCCUGCAACAAACGUGGUUGUGUCCAUUCCUCAGCUGCCGUACGGGUCAUUGGUUCAAGUGACAAGGCCAACGUGGAGAUUGUAAUUCUUAUCGGGACCGGCGUCAUCGCUGUUUUCUUCUGGGCCUUGCUCAUCCUCAUCUUCUGCAAUGUGAAGCGGGUUAACCCGGCAGACAUAAAGACGGGCUAUCUGUCAAUCAUUAUGGACCCGGGGGAGGUGCCUCUGGAUGAGCAGUGUGAAUACCUGCCCUACGACUCCUCGCAGUGGGAGAUCUCCAGAGACAGACUCCGACUGGGUGAGCAGAAAGGUUUUAGCCAUGGUGCCUUUGGGAAAGUAAUUGAGGCAUCAAUCUAUGGUAUCAGCAAGAGUAACAGUUUGGACACAGUGGCUGUCAAGAUGCUGAAAGAUGGAGCCACAGCCAGUGAGCACAAGGCCUUGAUGUCAGAGUUAAAGAUACUGAUUCAUAUUGGUAACCAUCUGAAUGUAGUGAACCUGUUAGGAGCCUGCACCAAAUCAAACGGCCCACUGAUGGUGAUAGUGGAAUACUGCAAAUAUGGGAAUCUGUCCAACUUCCUACGAGCCAAGAGAGAGUUUUUCCUCCCAUACAGGGAUCGCUCUCCUAAAACUCAGAGCCAGGUGAGACGGAUGAUCGAGGCGGGUCAAAUGGACCAAAGAGCACGCCACCCACCUUCUCCACCCUCCGCCCCUCUUACUGGUCCCCAGACUCCAUCAUCUAACAUGCCGAAUGAGAAACCUGCUGUGGAGAAAAUGGAGGACUUGUGGAAAACUCCUCUGACGAUAGAAGAUCUAAUUUGCUACAGUUUCCAGGUGGCUCGUGGGAUGGAGUUCCUGGCCUCCAGAAAGUGUAUCCACAGAGACCUGGCAGCCCGGAACAUUCUCCUGUCAGAGAACAACAUCGUGAAGAUCUGUGACUUCGGCCUGGCCAGAGACAUAUACAAAGACCCGGACUACGUCAGGAAAGGAAAUGCUCGUCUGCCUUUGAAGUGGAUGGCUCCAGAGAGUAUCUUUGACAAAGUGUACACUAGCCAGAGUGACGUGUGGUCUUUUGGAGUUCUCCUCUGGGAAAUCUUCUCACUGGGUGCAUCUCCGUACCCGGGAGUACAGAUUGACGAGGACUUUUGCAAACGGUUGAAAGAUGGCGUGAGGAUGAGGGCACCUGAGACUGCCUCCCCUGAAAUAUAUGGCAUCAUGCUGGCCUGCUGGCAGGGUGAACCCAAAGAAAGACCAACGUUCCCAGCCCUGGUGCAGAUCCUCGGAGACCUGCUGCAGGACAACAACCUGCCUGAUGGGAAGGAUUACAUCCCUCUGAACCACUCACAGAGCUCAGAGGAUGACGGCUUCUCUCAGGCCUCAUCACGCCUUCCAUCUGAAGAGGAGCUGAGACUGGCCUGCAACACCCUACCUACCAGCAGGUAUUAUAACUGCGUGCCCUUUGCCGGCUGUGUGUUUGUGGGACCCUCGAAAAUUUGCCAGCCCAGAGUGAAGACAUUUGAAGAGUCGCCCCUGGAGAUGCACCCACAGAAAGCCCCUCAAGAUAACCAGACAGACAGCGGGAUGGUUCUGGCCUCUGAAGAAUUUGAGAGGAUUGAACACAAACACAGGGGUGCCGUCUCCAAAAGUCGAAUGGGCAGCAGCAGCAGCACAGAGCCUCUGACAGCCUCCCAUAAUUCCCUGGGUCGAAGCUGCGGCAAUGGCAGCUCCAUUCACCGUCCCAACUUCUUCAGCCAGCUUUCAGGACAGACCUUCUAUAACAACGAAUACGGACAUCUGUCCGAGGAGGGCUUCUGCGACUUUUUCUCCUCACCUGAUGACCCCUGCCUGGCCUCCUCCAAUGUGUAAUCUUACCAAAGACGCAGUCCGAGGAAACAGAGAGGGUUAAAAAAAAGUGGGAGUGCUCAGGUUGAGGGAGGCUUUAGUAACAUCCCAGUAGUGACAUGUAAUUAGUCAUUUAUUAAUGAAGAUCAGGUUAUAGAUGCUACUGACCAGAGCUUGCUUCUACCCAUCUCUUCCUCUCUCGGGCUGCUGCCUCAACAGACUGAGCUAUGUGUGCCUGAAGUCCCUCUAACCAGCCACUGGGUGGCAGCAUUAUGACAAAAACAAACCUUGAGUAUUUUCUAUUCACACAUUUAUAUUUUUUAUCUUUUAUAUACAGAGUAGUCUUCCUUCAUUUGUACAAAUUAUGGCUUAUAUAGGAGGAAAUAAAGAAAUUUAUCUUCUU